AUGGCUUUUCCUGUACAAGUUUUAGCGAAUGGGAUUAGAGUGGUUAGCACGGGUUUCUAUGAAUUAGAAUGUGGCAAAAGGUUUCUUGGCGAAAUAUCUCUUUUUUUUAGAUUAAUAAAAAAUAUCAAAGAACAGGAAACCGGUUUACAAGUAUUUCGAUUAAUUAAUUAUGAUGAUGGCACAAUAAUAAUCAGAGUUACAAGAGAUAUUUUAUGUCCUGAAACUUUGAUAAGGCUUCGAGUAAUUAGUAAAGAUGGAGAUGUUAAAUCUGUAACCUUUGGUGGAUUACCUGGAACUCCUUGCACCCUAGCUUCUGAAAUUUAUCCUUUGAAAAUCGAUUAUUUUCUGUUAACCUAUUUUAAUUGUGAAAAAAGUCUUUGCAACCAUUAUGGAAUGAUUUUAUCUUGGGAUGGUGCGAUCGUCGAAAGUGACAUUAAUUUAAGUGAUGUGCAACUAUUAGAACCUCUUCUUCUUAAUAAACGUGUCCAAUCUAAAACUGUUACCAGAUAUCCUGGUUUGUUUCUUCAUGUUGUAAUUAAUGAACAAGGAAUUAUCAGCUGGAGAGAGUUUGAUUUUUCAAAAGAUGCAACAAAAUCAAAACUUUUAAGAUCAGGAAACAGUGAGAAAAAUAGUACCUAUGUAUUCACUGUAGAAGAUUUUCAGCUUUUACCGAUAAAAAAUGGUGCUUAUGCUAUCACAGUUGCUUAUAACUUAAGCACUAAUAUUGGCAAUGGAACGAUAUACGAAGUUGAAACCUAUAUUAUUCCACCUUUAACAAGUCCAAAAAAUAAUUUGACUGAAUUCACUUUAUAUAAAUCUGAAGAUGAUCUUCAAGAAAUUAGAUUAAUUGGAUGUCAUGACAACAUUGUUGCUGGCGCCAGCAAUUCUUCUCAGAGUGAAGAUGCGUGUUUUCUGGAAAUUGAAAAAUCAAAUAAAUUUUCAUGGAUGCAAUUAUCAUUUUCAACUGAAGGUGUAACUAAACCUUUGGCAACAUUUGGAAAUGAUUCUUUUUAUGACACAGACACAAAAGAACGUAUUUAUUCUGUGAUGGGAAUGUCUGGAAACAAUACUGAUAAUUAUAUGGUGAUAACAAUUAAUACCAGUGAUCCAAAAACUGCUCAUUUUUCUGGUUAUAUUUACAAUGAAUCGAAUAAAACUUAUACUCAUUGGGAUUUUCCAGAAGGAAUGCAAUUUAGUGGUUUAUUCAAAACGUUACCAAAUGAUACCCUGAUAGCACCUUUGGUCUCACCUGCUAACUCUAAUUUUUGGUCAUUGGAAUCAACUGUUAUCAAUGUUGAAGGAUCACAAGCGCAUAGUGAUUUCGAUAUUAAUGCAAAUAUUAUGGAAUUUAAUCCAAAAAAUGGAACAACUAUUCCCUAUAAUCUUGAUGAAGUAAAUGUAACCAUAUCAAGUGAAGAUGUAGUAAUAGGAUCCGGAAAUAUUAUCAUUUAUCAAUUAUUAAAUAACAAUGAGACUCUAUUACGACAAACAACACCAAUAAAUUCUCCACUUGUAUUUUUAGAACAUGACACUAUAAGCUCACAUCAUACAAUUUUGCAUUGUUCACCUAUUCUAUCCAGUACAUUCAAUCAAGCUAAUGGUAAUUACCUUGUGCACUUUGACAAUAGUUUAUUAAUGACCAAGGAAAAUAUUUCAAUUCCCAUCCAAGACAUUAGCUUUACAGUUGGCGAGAUUCCACCAGAUGGAACUGAAGAUGAAUUUGAGAAAGGAAUUCUUCGAUUAUCUGUUGAUGCAUCAGAGUAUUUUAAAACAUUGAAAGGGGAAGAUAGAGAUAAUUAUUUUUUUCGUAUAAAGCAUGAUAUUGCACAAUUUGUCCCUAUGGAACCUUCCAGAUUGACUAUAUCUAAUCAAACUCAAACUGACUCCAGCAGCAUUACACAUCCACAAGUCUUAAUAACGUUUAUAAUUGCAGCAAGUGAAAACGAUAAAGAAAGAAGUGCAAAAAGAUUGCUUUCUGAUCUGAAUGCAAUGGUUAUUAAUAAACAAUACACCAACAUUACCAGCGAUACUUCUCUAGACUUUCUUGACACUACUUAUGGUGUUCAAGUAGAGUUGGAUUUAAAGGGUUUAUCGCCUUAUUUGGAUUACUUGCAUCUUGGAAUAAUUAUAUUGUCAGGAUUAUUUAAUUGUAUUGCAUCAUAUGGUAUAAUAAUAAAAGAGAUUAUACACAACCCUACAUUUAAAGAAUGGUUUAAAAAAGUAUCAUUUGGUGCUACAUCUUUAAUCGUGAUUGCAGGAAUUGAUGCGGAAAUAUUAGGAAUUUUAUCAUCAAAAGUUACAGGGUUUAAAUUAUUUUCUGCGCCAAUUUCUGAUCAUUCUAAAAGUUUAAUAUUUUGGAGUGGAACAAUCAAUUUGUUUAUUGAAGAUGCACCUCAAUUUAUCAUUCUGUCGAUUUAUCAAAAAUAUUCUACUGAAACCGCCGAAGUUAUUCCGAUCCUUACAUUAAUUACAUCUUCAGUUGCAUUAUUUGAUAGUGUUUUGGGAAGAGAUACAGUGGUUGUUAUGGAAUCUGUAUUCACUACCAGUGAUGGUGGUACAUCUGGAAUCCAAUCAAGACAUGAAGAAACCGAACCAAUGUUAACCAGUCAUCAAGAAGCCCAUCAGCAUUAUCAAGAAGAAGAACCUCAACAUAACGUACACUAUACCACUGAAGUUAAAGUUGAUGAAAACGAGCCUCAUCAAAAAUAA